AUGGUUUAUUUUAGUCCCCGUGGUAUGCAGGAACCGUGUAGCCCACCAGGAAUACCGCUGACAGCGAAGAGUCCCACGAUGGAAGGCGCCGUACCGGAUGCAGAGUCCGCUACGGAUACGGAACGGCACAAUAUCCCUAGUCCUCAUGAGACCGUUACCACCGUUACGAGUGCGGCUUCCAGCAUCAGUGUGGCCGAAAGUAUGCACUCGGUAGUCAAUCGGCCGGCGGCUAAAAUUCAACGACCCAGCGGUGGUACGUUAAAGUUUUCCAUCGCCAAUAUUAUGGGACAGGCUGAGGAGGAGGAGCAGGAGGAGGAGGAGGUGCGGCGCGAUCGCGCGGAUGACGAUCACGAGGAGGAUGAGGAGGAGGACGAGAUGGAUGAGGAUGUGGAGGAGGAUGAUGAGGAUGCGGUGGUUGAUGUGGCGAGUGAUGACGACACGAUUGAACUGUCGAUGACGUCCCCUGGCAGUAGUAGCCUGUUCCGGAAGCGACGCCAUGUUAGUCAUGAGAAGUCAAUGAGUCCGGUGUCUGCUGCAGGUUCAAGUCCUUGCUAUGAACCACCGUCAACGGUGGUUAGCUCUGUGGCGGAAGCAUACGAUUCCGCGUUCAAGAAGUAUGUCCCAAACUCGAUGCAUCAGUUCGUGGCCAGUAAUCGUCAUCAGGAGCUUCUGAGCCAAUACCCGCUAUUGUACUAUCCGGGACAGUUGAUGUGUGCAGCGGCACAGUACGCAGCUCUAACACACCAACAUCAUCAGCAACAGCAACAGCAACAACAGCAGCACCAUCACCAUCAUCAUCAUCAUCACGCGGCGGCUGUUGCGGCGCUACAUCCAUACGGUACCCCUGGACGUCUGCACAGUCCCACACUAUCACCACCACCGCCAGGAGCAGGACUUCAGACAGCCAGUUCCGCAGUUCAGGCACCGGGUGUACACGGACAUGGGGCGAUAAACGGACGCCACUUACAUGGAGGUUCUCAUGGACACCAUCAGCUGCUGUCUGCUGCUGCGGCUGCCGCAGCUGCAGCAGCUGCCGCCGCCGCAAACCACAGCAAACCGAGCGCGAAACGGGCCAAUCUGAAUCUAUCCGCCAGCAGUACCUGUUCGUCGGUGAGUUCCAGCGGUAGUUCUGUGGGAGGUUCUCCCGGCGGUAGUGGUCCCGAUGGUUCGCCCACCUCAGCGGCAGCGGCAGCGGCAAUGGCGGCCAAGCAGAAAACGUUCGCCUGUCCCGAGUGUGGAAAGGUGUUCAAUGCGCACUACAAUCUCACCCGCCACAUGCCAGUUCACACGGGCGCGCGGCCAUUUAUUUGCAAAAUCUGCGGCAAAGGCUUCCGGCAGGCGUCGACCCUCUGUCGGCACAAGAUCAUUCACACCUCGGAAAAGCCACACAAGUGUCAGACGUGCGGCAAGGCCUUCAAUCGCUCGUCCACGCUAAACACGCACACACGGAUCCAUGCGGGAUACAAGCCGUACAUCUGCGAGUACUGUGGCAAGGGGUUCCAUCAGAAGGGUAACUACAAGAACCACAAGCUGACGCACAGUGGCGAUAAGGCGUACAAGUGCACGAUCUGCAACAAGGCGUUUCACCAGAUAUACAACCUGACCUUCCACAUGCACACCCACAACGACAAGAAGCCGUUCACGUGCAAGAUCUGUGCCAAGGGCUUCUGUCGGAACUUUGAUCUGAAGAAGCACAUGAGGAAGCUGCACGACGUGAGUCUUGGUGGUGGCCACAAACGGUCGAGAAGUUGUGGAACUCCGCAGCAUCAUCGAGGCGCCUCACUGGACGUGCCCAAUCAGCAUUCGGUGUCCAGAUCUCCUGGACAUCAACAUCCAUCCUUACCACCACCUCCGCCACCACCACCACAACUACCGCCUUCGGCUUCCUCCACCACUCCAGCAAUGCCCAACACGGAGAGUACUCCGGCCGUAACGAGUUCGCCCUCCAGUCACCACCAUUCGUCCCAGCCACAUCUUCACCAUCCGCUUCAUCUGCACGGAUCCGCCCUGCCGCAUGUACCACCGCAUCCACACGGUCACAUCGGCGUUGGUCCGACCGGGGAGUUACAGUCUCGCUCGUCUCCCGUACCGUGGUCCAGUGCAUCCUCACUAGCCGCACUACAUCACACCGCCGUCGCUGCGGCUGCAAUGCGCAACGGAGUGACAGACUACGGCAGUCCCUUUCUCAUGCCGACAGGGCGUCACCAUCAGCGGUUAGCAGCGGCAGCAGCCGUCACCGACAGUCCCUUCAUCGGUAAGGUGUUCUGA